AUGAAGGCAUGUGCAUACGAGGCCGAGCUGCCAGACUCGAUUCAGGAUGACAUCAACCAUCUGAUAGGACUCGAGCGGGUCAUCAAGAUUCCUGAGGAAGUCGCCAAGCUGCUCAAGAGAACUAACCUUACUUUCCACCCCUGCAUGGUCCAUUUGGGUGCCAAAAGAUCCUGCACCUCGGCAGAGGUGUCGCCUUUGAUCAAGGUGCAGUCCGUCUGCCAGCGGAGCAGUGACAUCUCGAAUCCUCCUCCGCUCGCCUUUCGCCUUCCCGCUCAACGGCGCUUCAAGGAGCAUCUUCGGCUUGAGGCAGCCGACUCAGUCCACAGUUACUUGCAAAACACCGCGCGCCGCACCGAUGAACUUCUGAACGACCCUCUCGCAGCCCAUCCCCGGGCACGCCAAUAUCUCGCCGAGACAGCGCCGGCCACAAAGAACCUUGGUGAGCCUGUGUACGAGUCGAUGCAGGGACUCACCCGGGCAUGCCAAUCCCUGCUCGUGGCCGAGAAGCUCAAGGUGGUGCCCUGGUGCCAUCUCAAGAACUCGUUUUCGGCGGGCCAGAGCCGGACACCCCGGGAGCUCUCGGAGCUGGUGCUGGCCCGUGAAUCAGAGCAUGUGCAUCUGAGCCGCACACAGCUCCAGCAGGCUCUGACAGAGGGCCUCGUGAGGGGCGAUCGCACCCGCUUCUUGAAGAAUCCCCGGAAGCAGCUCUUUGGCAUGCUGAAAGCCCAGCAGCAGCAGCUUCUGCAAGAGCACAUCCAGGGCUUGACAAGAGCUUCACGGCUUCCAACAGAGGGCCUGGACCAGGAGCAGACCAGAGCACACCCCGAGCCGAGCGACCGAGCCGCUUCCGUUCCGGCGUCAGCAAGGCCGAGUAGUGCCACUCGGAAGAGUGUGCCAUCUGGACAAAGUGCCUCAUGCCGACCAAGUCAAGGAACGAGGGAGAGCACCUUCUCCCGGCCCAGUUUGGCCCGAAGGGGUACUGGUUCGGGAAGCAGCACCGCCAGCAAAUCGGCAGUAUCCGAGCAAAGCAUCGACUCGGCUGCUCAGACUUCCCCGACUCUCAUGCUCCUGCCCCCGCCUGAUGCCGAGCCCAUCAUCACCACCGAGCCUCUCGCCGAAGAAGACCCUCCAAAGGAAAGCGUGGCUUCUCUCAGCAUCAUUCCACUUCCAUCUCGACUCUCCCUCCAAAAUCCCGAUCUUGUCGUCAAAUCCGAAAGCCAACCAUCCUGAUCCCAACGCACACAGACAGCCCCGAGACAGUCCUCACCACCCCGAUAACACCUCGCAUUGAAAGUGUAUUUGACGGAGCAUCGACGGCCGAGGCAACUCCAAUAUCGGCUCGUCCGU